ACUAGAAACAAGAGCCGUGUGUUGUUGUUUAGCAGCUACCGCUUACCUGUAAUUUUGAUUGUAGGCUAAUUUAGCGCUCUUGAACCGUCAAACAUAAAUACAGUGGAUUUGUUUGUUUGCUGGUAAAUGGACGGUGUGCCUUGUCUUCGUGUGUCGCAGUGUCACACACAGCAGUUCAGGAAGUAUCUACAGUCUAAAGGAGCUCUGGACCUGAAUUUAUGUUUACUGAAGGACUCAGAUGGGACUGUCCUGUUGCCCAUUUUACCUUCCUGUCUGCCAGAACUUGAUCUGCAAUCUCUCAAAUCCAUGGUGGCUUCAGACAGUGCUUGUGAAAUAGUUUGGAGUCAGUGUCCUCUGCAGUCAAAGAAGAAGAAUGGACGGACGAGUAGUAAUAAACUAAAGAAAAUCCUCCAGGAGCUGUGUGAAUCUCAUGGUGAAACAUGGACAGAGGACGUGAGGGGGGACCUCCCUCGCAGCUUCCAGAGGCAUGGAGACCUAGUCCUGCUGGGAGACAACUGCUUCUCCCUGCCACUGUGGAAGAAAAUGGAUGAAGAGCUAUGGAGUGCAGUGGCUGACGGUCUGGGGGCAAAGCGGCUGGCAAAGAUGAGUCGAAUAUCCAGGGAUGGAUUUAGGUCUCCCGUGGUGACAAUGUUGUUAGGAGAGCACAGCUGGGUCGAACAUGUAGACAAUAGGAUUAGGUAUGAGUUUAACGUCACUAAAUGCAUGUUCUCAGCUGGAAACAUCACAGAGAAGCUGCGGGUGGCUGGAUUUGACUGCAGAGGGGAGACUGUGGUGGAUCUGUAUGCAGGUAUUGGAUACUUCACUCUGCCGUAUCUGGUCCACGCGGGGGCCAGCCAUGUUCACGCCUGUGAGUGGAACCCUGCUGCAGUUGAAGCUCUACAGAAAAACCUCAUGGCAAACGGGGUGUCUGACCGCUGCAUUGUUCACCAAGGAGACAACCGACAACUCCAGCUGUGUGACAUUGCCGACAGAGUGAACCUGGGUCUCAUACCGAGCUCUGAGGACGGCUGGCCUGUCGCCUGUCGACUGCUGAAGAGAACAACGGGAGGCAUUUUGCACAUUCACCAGAACGUUACCUCAGUGUUACCGAGCACGGCAGCCAUUCCAGUAAUCAAUGAUGCCACCUCCAGGGCUUCUGGGAGGACAGCUGACAGAGAGGCGUGGCAGGCCUGGGCCGAUGACACAGCAAACCGCAUCGCCUCUCUUUUAAAGGACAUCACUGACGCACGGUGGAUAACAAACAUCCAGCAUAUUGAACAUGUGAAGUCAUACGCUCCUCAUGUUCAUCAUAUUGUGUUGGACUUGGAGUGCAGACCGUCAUGAGCUGAGGAGAUAAACGCAGAUACUGAGUGAACACUGUGACAUUCAACAUUUAAUGUGCCGCAGUCUAGAGAAGAAAUAGACGAGUGUACGGUCCAGAAGUUUCCACUGCAGCCAGCUGGUCACUGAUUAUUUCAUCUGUAAGGUAGUGACAUCAGCAGCUGCUGUGUUUCUAUAAACAUUUGUUUAUCCAGGGCAGGUUUACCAACCACUAAUACUGUGUUUAUUUUACAGAAACACCCUGCCUCACACUCAUGCAAAUGUAAUCCCAUCUGUAAGCACACAAGCUUUGCCACAGUCACAACCUUACCUGUUGGCUGCUGGAUAACAGUAGUGGGUUAAGGUGCCUUGCUCAACGGCACCUUGUUGUUGUGUUAUACUCACUUAAUUUCCCUGCUGUGUUUGAUCACCAGACCCCUUGUGGCUGGCUGAAAUGAAAAGCUGUAGACGUAGACGUGACUCACGUCACAUCAGUGUGCUGGUAAUUACAGGAACACCCAAACAUAUAAAACUCCAAUAUUAUGACUUGUACUGCCACAGGGUUCAUUAUGUGCAGUGAAUUACAGGUCAACCUCUACAAGAUUUUUUUUAUGUUACUGCUCUGCCACGCCAGUAUAUGUUUGGAACUUCAGGAGGAAACAGCUCAUUUUUGCAAAAACAUUUGUAAAUACUAUGUGACAAUUUCACAUCUGAGCGACAGAAAGGUGUGAAAAUAAAGAAAAGGCUGAAUAAAUAGGUGGAGAAACAGAAUUCAGACAUUGAUUACUGGACAGGCCUACUGGGCACAUGCCCAGAGGUCCAAGAAGUCAGAGCCCCUGGGCAAGAGCCUCCGUUUGAAUUGACAGGUAAUAUUUCAUGUUGGAACGUCAGUCAAACAGCCCCAAAGAGACACAAAGCACCUGCAAAAUGAGGACAAAGAAGGGUUUUAACACCUUUUCAUGGAUGAAAUUUCAAAACUUUUCCAUGACUUUUCAAGGACCCAUCAUUUUUUUUCAAACAUAUCAGACAUUCAAACUCUAAUCAAACAUAAUUUUAGCUACAGGGCAUACAUAAAUGUAAAGACAGAACACCGAGAAACGUCCUCACACAUCGACACAUAUUAAAGCUACGUUACCUGACAGCUACAGAAAAUAAUUUGCUGUUAUGUUACAUCAUGUUGAAGGUUAUCCACAGGAGAUUACUCUAACAAUUUCAUUAUGCACAAUGAUUUUUCCAAACCUUUUAAUGAUUUGUACUAAUUCCAGGCAUGGAAAAUGUAAUUGUGAAAUACCAUGACUUUUCCGGGUUUUCCAUGACCAAGGGAACCCUGACAGAGGAUGAAAAACAACUGCAAAUGGUUACAGAGACAUGUAAAAUUACCAUUAAGAUGUAAAACAACUGCAAAACCAUGUCAAAGAAAUCCAGAAUGACAGCAAAAAGAUGCAAAAUGUUCACAGACAUGCAAAACAAAGCAAUGAAAAACAACCAAAAGGAGACAUACAACGCUCACGUAGAAAUGAAGCCACGAUGAGAUGCAAAAUGGCCACACUUGGUCCUUUUCAGCCCUCUAAGUGGACUCAGAGCGGUGACUCAGCAUUUUUUGCACAUACGUGAACACUCCAAGAAAACUCAGACGCCUCUGAAGUGAACCGCACUCAGACCUCUGUGCCUUGUGAGCACAAAGCGCUCCAGGUUCACUUUGCUUUUGCCACAGUAUUUAACCCUCUAGAUCACAUGCUGUUGCACUGGGACGCUUGAAAAAACAGAUGAAACCACGUCAGCCUGAAACACUUGUAAGGACGCAGGAUGAGGAGUAGUUUGGUCCAUGGAAGAUACUGCACGUCUCCAGAUGUGGAAUAUAGAACACAUCAAACAGCAACAGUCUACAGCACAGAAACACUAAGGUCUUCCUCCAAUUUUAAGUUCAUCUGAAAGGAAGGGGUUUCAUAACCAUGCUGCAGGGCCACGUCAAAGUAAAAACGAAACUAUGUCAGUAUAUAUUAUAGACGAUAGUGUGAACAGAAAGAGGACUGAGGCCCCAUCAGUAGGGAUAGACCGAUAUGGAUUUUUUAGGGCCGAUGCCGAUACCGAUUUUUUUCCAUCACCCUUAGCCGAUGACCGAUUAUGGACUGCCGAUUUUCUUGAGCCGAUAUUUGGGGCC